GGCUCUCCGGCUUGUUGUUCAGCAGUUAAAGGACUUAACUAUGUCUGGCCGCGGCAAAGGUGGUAAAGGCCUUGGCAAGGGCGGCGCCAAGCGCCACCGCAAAGUCCUCCGCGACAACAUCCAGGGCAUCACCAAGCCCGCCAUCCGCCGCCUGGCCCGCCGUGGCGGAGUCAAGCGCAUCUCCGGCCUCAUCUACGAGGAGACCCGCGGGGUGCUGAAGGUGUUCCUGGAGAACGUGAUCCGCGACGCGGUCACCUACACGGAGCACGCCAAGCGCAAGACCGUCACCGCCAUGGACGUGGUCUACGCCCUCAAGCGCCAGGGCCGCACGCUUUACGGCUUCGGCGGUUAAGCCAUUGUUCUCCAGUGUCGCAAAAGGCCCUUUUCAGGGCCACCCACUCGU